CCCGCAGCUUCAAUAUUCAGAAAUCUGAGGCCAUGAUCAGAAAGCAUGUGGAGUUCCGGAGACAAUUUAAAGUUGAUACUAUUGUCUCGGACUGGAAAUCUCCAGAGGUCAUAGAGAAGUACGUGUCAGGAGGGAUGUGCGGCUACGACCGUGAGGGGAGUCCGAUCUGGUACGAUGUGAUCGGUCCUCUGGAUCCUAAAGGACUGAUGAUGUCAGCCACCAAACAAGACUUCCUGCGGACAAAGAUCAGACACUGUGAGAUGCUGCAGCAGGAGUGUCGGAGGCAGUCUGAGAAGUUGGGGAAGAACGUUGAAUCCGUCACUCUGAUUUACGACCUCGAAGGACUUGGACUGAAGCACCUCUGGAAACCUGCUGUUGAGAUCUACGGAGAG